AAUUGCAAUUUAUUUUUCUUUGUCACAUGAUGCUAUUGGGGAAUUGUUGAUAUUUUUCUUGAGGUUUUUGUGAAUUAUUUUGUUGUUUUCGUUAUUUCUUCAUUUGAUUGAUUGGCGGUUGAAUUUAAAAUUUGAAAGUUGGAUAGUUGGGCUACUGGACGGAAGGUGCGUGGUGAAAUUUGUGCGUGCAGCGCCAGUGGUGAAAAUGUGAAUUAAUCCAGUUUGACCGUGACCUCAUUUGUCAGAAGCCGGGGAAAACUUGUUGCUCUCAAAACAAGCGGUUUUCGCGGAAAAUUUUUAGCGUUCGUGCGUGAAAAGUGUGAAAAUGGCAAGAAAGUGUGGUAACAAAGAGUGUUCAGUGGAGUCUGCAGAGAAUAUAUCUCUUGGAGAGUGCUAUAACACUGUUAAAAAUGAUGCAGCAUUUAGAGGGAUCCUCCUGAAGCAGGCCGAUGAACUCUAUCGUGCUGGGAAGCAUAUGGAAUCUAUAGAAUGCCAAAUAGAAGCUCUUUGUUUGGGUUUCCGGACAAAGUUUUUCUUCUGUGAUUAUUCCUCCUUUGAUUCUGAUUUUCACAUGAAAUUCCUCAAGAAUCUCGAAUCUCUGCAUGCAGAUGAUGAAUGUUCAGGAGAUUUUGAACCGGCUUUGGGUUGGGAUUAUGUUAAAUCCCAGCUCAAGGAAUUCGAUAAGAAGCAAAAGUCUGAGAAGGAGAAGACUUUAGUGCAUGAAGAUGCCAAGGAACUUCUGCAGAGGUGUCAGGAACUCCCGCAGGAGUGGACAAUUGUGCAUUUAUGCAAGAAUUUUGAUUCCAAUUCCGCAAGUUCCCUUCAAAAAGAAUUACUCUGCAGCAAUAUUGGGAUCUUUCUGACCCUACUGAAGUAUCCCAGGGCAGAUAUUAACAAUCAUGAGCCCCUUUCUGUCCUACUUCCUCCAUUUGAGGCAGAAAAUAUAUACUUAAUAGUGCAUGAAAUCUCCCAAACUCAGAUGACUUUCAUGAAAUUCACGGAAAAUGUUGAUAGACUUGCUUACUGGGCUAAUCUGAAGGAGCUGGAUCAGAGAUAUCUCAAGUUAAUUGAUCUGAUUAUAAAGUGGAUAGGUCCUUGGGUGGUUUUCUUCCGUGGAAAAUCAAAAAAAGAAGAAAAUGCCCGAGAGAAGAAAAUCUUUUCAAUUGUUGAUGAUUUUGUGCAAAAACACAAAUUCUCUCCUCGCCAGAGAAUUCUUCUGAGUAUCAUUUGCUCCUCCAUGGAUCUCCUGAAUGAUACCGAUGUAGAAAGGGCUGCCCAGGAGAUCUCCUGUACAGAGAAGGAGUACAAAUUAAUUAAAGAUUUCCUGUCGGUGCAAGAAAAUUUCCCAGAAGUGGAACAGAACAUUCCCAGAUAUCCAAUUUUUUUGAUCGUUGAUGAACUGUUGGAUCAGUUUCCGUGGGAAUUGUUAUUGCCAGAGAAUGAAACCACGAGAAUCAGUUCAUUGCAUAUCCUCUUGAGGCUCUUUGACAAGUACAAGAGUAAGAUCAAGAAGGGUUAUCUGCAUUUGAGCGUCAAAGAGGGAAAUGCACUGAUAAAUCCCGAUGGGGAUCUCCUGAAGAUGGAGAAGAGAAUUACGGCAUUUCUGAAGUACUGGCUUCCGGAAUGGAAGCAAAUUGUACAGAAAACUCCGAGUUCUCAGGAAAUGAGGAACCUUCUUGAAUCUACGGAUAUUUUUCUCUAUUCUGGCCAUGGAAAUGCUCUGAAAUUUAUAAAAUCUGGGGAUUUGAUAAAAGACAAUCUCAAUUGUAUCGUGAUGCUUUUUGGAUGUGAAUCUGUCAGAUUGAAGUCCAAUGGAUUUUGCAGUGAAAUGUCCGGGGCUCAUCUGUACUACCACUGUGUUCUUUGCCCUCUUGUAAUUGGAGCUACAAAUGUCAUUACUGAUCUCCCCACUGAUCAACUUUGUUCACGAAUCCUCAGUACGUGGUUCAAGUCAAAAGCUCCCAAACAUUUCGCUCUUGCUGACAGCAGUUCAUUCAAAAAUGGUCUAAUAGAGUUCAAGGGAAAUGCCCAACCAAUGUGGGAAAAACAUCACAAUCCCAGUAUUUUGGGCAUUUUUGCAGAUAUUCGUGAAACAGAAUCUAUUACAGUUUGGCUGAGGGCUUCCAUGGUCCUGCGGGGAUUGCCCAUUUGGCUAACUUCAAAUUAAUCAAGUAAGAGACGAUGCAUAAGCUUCUCUGGGUGUUUGUUAAAUUUAUGGAUGUGAACGUGGCAUAUGCUGAUGGAAUACCAUGAAAAUAAGUAUUAACAUAUAAAAUAUUUAUUUCAAUUACUCUCUGUGUCUCUUACACAAAUUUUUUUCUAUGGACAAAAUACAUUUGGUCAGAUACAAAAAAAGAGGAAUUUUAACGUAUUCAGCAUAUAAUUUAUUGGUUUCCAUUGAAAUAUUUGCACUUUUAUUCGUUUUGAUUGUGUCACAAUCGAAUUUUUCGGACAAAUUAUCGUUAUUAAUACUUUUGCAUUGCGGUGGAAAUUGCAAAAGAACGCUUUAGGGGGAGUUCAUGAAAAAUUUUAUCUAUAGAAAUAAAUUAACCAAAAGUUUUAAAGAAUUACUUUUUCCUUCAGGCAAAGUCUCUUCUUAAAUCGCUUAAGAAAAAAAAGUCUCAUGAGAAAAAGUUGAAUGAGAAGCAGUAAAAUAUACAAAACUCUCAAUUUUAUGGCAUCCACCCUCGCAAUUUGAAAGUGUGAAUGAGUCAGAAAAGUCGAGAGCAACCACCUUACAUUCUCAAGUCUUUUUUUUUCAUCAUUUAAGGGGUGAAAAUACCGGAAGUCAAAUGUGAAUGGGGAAAACUUCUAUAUAUAAUAUUACAUGAAAUAGUAUUUGGACGUAUUUCGGCAUUUUCAGGGAACACUGAGAGAAAAAUUAAUUAAAAUUAAUUAAUUAUAAUGCGCCGAUUAUUUCAUUUUAUUACCUGCCAAAAUUUUUAUUCUUGACAAUGAAAUGCUUUUAAUAUGCUUUUUGUGGCAUUUUUGCAAUUUUCUCUUCAAUAUUUCGGAGACGUAUUUGUGUAAAAAUGCUGUAGAAAAAGUUAAGCUGGGAAUUUGUUUAUGCAUUAAUUAUUUAAAAAAAAAAAAACAAAUAUAUCUUUAUAAUGUAAACAAAGUGAAAUUACCAAAACCGACAUGUAUUUUCUUCUAUUAUACUGAUUUUAUUUGAAAUUAAAUAA